GCUCAGUCAGUCUCAGGCUGUCCGGCCAGGGUGGUUGGUGGGGAGCAUUCAGGCUCCGUCCUGAGAAGGCUGUGGCCUGAGGUUCAGGGCCCCCCAGCCCCUCCCUCAGAUCCCGCCAGCUUCACCCCCCAGCCCCGAGCUGGACCGCACACCUUGGGACACGGUUUUCCACUUCCUAAGGACGAGCCCCAGACUGGAGGAGCGGUCCGAGGAGGUGGGUGUUGGACUCUUCGCAAGGACCCCGGCGGCGGUCCCCGGGGAGGUGGCCGAGGCGGCGGCGGCCGCGGGCGACAUGGCCGAGGAGCAGGACCUAUCCGAGGUGGAGCUGAGCCCCGUGGGCUCCGAGGAGCCCCGCUGCCUGUCCCCGGGGAGCGCGCCCUCGCUGGGGCCGGACGGCGGCGGCGGAUCGGGCCUGCGAGCCAGCCCAGGGCCGGGCGAGCUUGGCAAGGUCAAGAAGGAGCAGCAGGACGGCGAGGCGGACGAUGACAAGUUCCCCGUGUGCAUCCGCGAGGCGGUCAGCCAGGUGCUGAGUGGCUACGACUGGACGCUGGUGCCCAUGCCCGUGCGCGUCAACGGCGCCAGCAAGAGCAAACCGCACGUCAAACGGCCCAUGAAUGCCUUCAUGGUGUGGGCGCAGGCGGCGCGCAGGAAGCUGGCAGACCAGUACCCGCACCUGCACAACGCCGAGCUCAGCAAGACGCUGGGCAAGCUCUGGAGGCUGCUGAAUGAGAGUGACAAGCGCCCCUUCAUUGAGGAGGCCGAGCGGCUCCGGAUGCAGCACAAGAAGGACCAUCCUGACUACAAGUACCAGCCACGAAGGCGGAAGAACGGGAAGGCGGCCCAGGGGGAGUCGGAGUGCCCGGGUGGGGAGGCUGAGCCAGGUGGGGCUGCUGCCAUCCAGGCCCACUACAAGAGCGCUCACCUGGACCACCGGCACCCAGGAGAGGGCUCCCCGAUGUCCGACGGGAACCCCGAGCACCCCUCAGGCCAGAGCCAUGGCCCACCCACCCCUCCGACCACCCCAAAGACAGAGCUGCAGUCGGGCAAGGCAGACCCCAAGCGGGAUGGGCGCUCCAUGGGGGAGGGUGGGAAACCACACAUCGACUUCGGCAACGUGGACAUCGGUGAGAUCAGCCAUGAGGUAAUGUCCAACAUGGAGACCUUUGAUGUGGCUGAGUUGGACCAGUACCUGCCGCCCAAUGGGCACCCAGGCCACGUGGGCAGCUACUCAGCAGCUGGCUAUGGGCUGGGCAGCGCCCUGGCUGUGGCCAGUGGACACUCGGCUUGGAUCUCCAAGCCCCCAAGUGUGGCUCUGCCCACAGUCUCGCCACCUGGCGUGGAUGCCAAAGCCCAGGUGAAGACAGAGACCGCGGGGCCCCAGGGGCCUCCGCACUAUACCGACCAGCCAUCCACCUCACAGAUCGCCUACACUUCCCUCAGUCUGCCCCACUAUGGCUCCGCCUUCCCCUCCAUCUCCCGCCCCCAGUUUGACUACUCUGACCAUCAGCCCUCAGGACCCUAUUAUGGCCAUUCAGGCCAGGCCUCUGGCCUCUAUUCAGCCUUCUCCUACAUGGGGCCCUCACAGCGGCCCCUCUACACGGCCAUCUCUGACCCCAGCCCCUCAGGGCCCCAGUCCCACAGUCCCACACACUGGGAGCAGCCAGUAUAUACAACCCUGUCCAGGCCUUAAAGGGGGUCCUGUCACCACCACCACCACCAGAUCCCUCUGGGUAGCAUGCCCCUUCCCCCAGCCCUUGUGCCCUGUUCCUUGCCCAUCCUAGGCCUGGUGCUGGCUAUGGAGGAGGCUGCAGAGGCUGACAGCUGAGGGUCAGCUUUCUGUCUGGCUCACUGCCUUUGAUGACCCCACCCCAUCCCAUCCGGGCUCCAGCCCAGGCGAAGCCCCAGGCUGCUGGGCUGGGCAGAGGAGGAGGAGGUUGACUGAUGCCCCUAGCUGAACGAUGAGGGGCCGCACCUUCCCACCCCCAAGCCCCGGAACAACCCUCAUCCCAGGGCGUGGGAAGGCAUCUCGGGUCGGAUGGUAACCGGAGGCCUUGCCGCUCCGUGUGUCCACGUGUGCUCUUGUGGAGCGUGAGAGUCUGACAGAACCUGUGCCCCCUGGGCCACGCACCUGAGAGCAAGGCCAACCAGAGCCCUGCGCCCCUGUCAGGAGCGGGCUCCAUCUGCCCUCGGGGCUGAGGACAGCUUGGAACAGCCUCAGGGGCCAUGGGGGUGGGUGGAGGCUCAGAGGGAGGUCUCCUCCGUCCUCUCAGUGCCCUGCCCCCUCCUGAACACAGGAAGGAAUUGGCACAGAGGCCCCCAAACCCAAUUCUGUGCCAAUAACCUCAUUCUUUGUCAAGAAAGAGGGCCCCCGUCCUAUUCCACUACAACCUCCCGGACCUUGAGGCGCAUCCCAGGAGGUGAGGGGCCUGGGGCUUCACAGCCUUUCUUGCAGGCUCCCCUCCAGCUCCCUCUUUCCUCGCCAGGCUCUGUGGUCUCUGCUCUGUCAGCCCCAAGUCCUUGGGCUUCCCAGAGUUACAGAUGCUCAGACCCAAACCCUCAGCUCCAGGAGACGCAGGGCCCAGCACCAGGUUGCUGGCAGCAGGCUGAAGACACUAAACUCCUGACCUGUACAUUCUGCCCUGGCCUUUGCCCUUUGCCUCCCAGUGGUAUCUGAAUAAAGUAUGUAGCUCUGUC